CGGCGUAUUAGUAACCAGUUGUGUAUGUUUAGAUUAGUUGUACAUUGGACUGUACUUGAUUCGACCAAUAGGAGCAUUCGAUAUUAUAGUACCAUAUUAUAAAAUAAAACGUUAGGUAUGGGUUAUUCAUAUUAUAGAUCUGAUAUAUUAGUCAUCACUAGAUGAAAUCUCUUGCCAGUAUUUAAAAUAUUACGCAAACCAGUUUUGAAAUUUGUUCAGGCUAAAAUACUCAGAGAUACGUACCUAAUAUAAGAAAAUGGGAUUAAUUUCAUUAGUUUACGUGUUAAUAACUUUAAUUGUCGCUAUUUACUUCAUUGUCAAAAGAACAUAUUCAUAUUGGAAAGAUCGGAAUGUUUUCACUUUAGAACCUACAUUUUUCUAUGGCAAUUUAAAAAACCCAAAUGGAGAAAGGGUAACCCCAAUAAAGGCAGCGUCGAAUUUAUAUAAAGAAGCCAUAGCUAGAGGUGAAAAAUUUGCUGGUUUAUAUGUAUUCCUCAAACCUCACUUUAUACCAUUGGAUCUAGAAUUAAUUAAAUGCAUAACGCAAACCCAUUUUGAACAUUUUACUAAUCACGGAUUGUUCGUUAACGAAGAACGAGAUCCACUGUCUGGACAUUUGUUUAACUUAGAAGAUGAAAAAUGGAGAAAGCUCAGAGCAAAACUAACACCUACAUUUACGUCAGGUAAAAUGAAGAUGAUGUUUCAAACGAUGGUAGAUUGUACAAAAGGACUUGAAGAAAUGUUGAAUGAAUGUGAAGCAGUUAAUGAUGCGGUUGAUAUUAAAGAUGUUUUGGGCAGAUUCACAACUGACAUUAUAGGAUCAGUAGCUUUCGGAUUAGACAUUAAGAGUAUGAAAAAUCCAGAUUCUGAAUUUAGGAAAUACGGCAAAUACAUCUUCCAACCAGAUUUUCGUCGGAAAAUUAAAAUUAUGAUCUUGAAUACAUUUCCUAGAUGGUUCCUGGACAAUGUAGGUUUCAAAUUAACGAAAAACGAAAUUGAAUCCUUCUUCAUCAACAUGGUCAAAAAUACCGUCGAAUAUAGAGAGAAGAACAAUAUUUAUCGCAAGGAUUUUAUGCAUCUUCUGAUUCAAUUAAAAAAUAUGGGUAAAGUGCUGGGGGAUGACGAAGAAACUUUAAAGGGAAAUCAUAAUAAUGUUUCGGGAGGUUUAUCGUUGAAUGAAAUAUCGGCACAAGCUUUCGUCUUUUUCGUUGCUGGAUUUGAAACUUCAGCGACAACAAUGACAUUUGCGUUGUUCGAAUUAGCACAAAAUCAAGAUAUUCAAGAAAAAUUGAGACAAGAAAUUAGACACAUUCUUAAAAAACACGACAACAAAUUAACCUACGAUGCUAUAAUGGAAAUGGAUUAUUUAGAAAAGGUAAUUUCUGAAACAUUAAGAAAACACCCACCCGUGUUUCUUUUACCACGCGUAUGUAACAAAGAUUUUAAAGUUCCAAACAGUGAUUUGGUAAUAGAAUCAAACAUAAAGGUAUCCAUUCCAGUACUUGCUAUUCAUAACGAUCCCAAGUAUUACCCGGACCCGGAAAAAUUCGAUCCGGAAAGAUUUAACGAAGAAAAUAAAGCUAGUAGGCCUGCAUGCUGCUAUAUGCCUUUCGGAGAUGGUCCUCGAACUUGCAUAGGGCUAAGAUUUGGAAAACUUCAAGCCAAAGUCGGUUUAUGUUCUGUAUUAUCAAAUUUCAAUGUUAAAUUGAAUGAAAAAACCCGUUUACCUAUAGAAUAUAGUGGAGAUUUAAUUUUGUCAGUUAAAAACGAUGUUUGGUUAAACUUGGAGCGUCUAAAUAAAUAAUAAAGCUCUAUUUUGAAUCUCUUGAAUUCAGAAAACGUAUAUUCCUUAAGUUGUUG